UCCCCGGCUGCCGACGUGGGGCUGACGGACUCAGGCUGUUAGGGUUCGGGGUGUGGGUGCAGAGCGGGAGGCAGGGAAUGGGGGGCCUGCGACUCCUGGCGGUGGCCCUCACGUGCUGCUGGUGGCCGCAGGGUAGUCAGGGUAAGACCUUGCGGGGUAGUUUCAACAGCGCCGCUGCCCGAGAAGCUCAGGGCCAGAGCAUCGGCCACUUCGAGUUCCACGGUGACCAUGCCCUUCUGUGUGUCAGAAUCAACAACAUAGCAGUCGCUGUUGGAAAAGAAGCUAAACUCUACCUGUUCCAAGCCCAGGAAUGGCUAAAGCUGCAAGAAAAUAAUCAUGGCUAUAGUUGUAGUGAAAAAUUAUCCAAAGCUCAGUUGACAAUGACAAUGAACCAGACUGAACAUAAUCUGACAGUGUCCCAGAUUCCAUCUCCACAAGCGUGGCACGUGUUUUAUGCAGACAAGUAUACUUGUGGAGGUGAUGCUGAGACUCUGCAGGUGGACGAUAUCCCAUUUGAAAUGGUGUUGCUAAACCCUGAUGCCGAAGGGAAUCCACUUGACCAUUUUAGUGCUAGAGAAUCUGGGUUACAUGAGUUCUUUUUCCUCCUAGUCCUAAUGUACUUUGUGAUUGCUUGCAUUUAUGCUCAAUCAUUGUGGCAGGCUCUUAAGAAAGGAGGACCCAUGCACAUGAUUUUAAAGGUUCUGACAACUGCAUUGCUGUUACAAGCUGGUUCAGCUUUAGCUAAUUACAUUCAUUUCUCCAGGUACUCCAAAGAUGGAAUAGGGGUUCCUUUUAUGGGAAGUUUAGCAGAAUUUUUUGAUAUUGCUUCCCAAAUCCAGAUGUUGUAUCUACUUCUGAGUCUGUGCAUGGGUUGGACGAUAGUCAGGAUGAAAAAGUCUCAGAGCAGACCUCUCCAGUGGGAUUCCACCCCUGCAUCCACUGGCAUUGCAGUGUUCAUCGUCAUCACCCAGAGUAUUUUGCUACUUUGGGAACAGUUUGAAGAUGCCAGUCACCAUAGCUCCCAUUCCCACCACAGCUUAGCGGGGAUCCUUCUGAUCGUCUUAAGAAUCUGCCUGGCACUGUCACUAGGCUUUGGACUCUAUCAGAUCAUCACAGUGGAGCGAAGCUCCCUCAAAAGAGAAUUCUACAUCACGUUCGCCAAAGGCUGUAUCUUGUGGUUUUUAUGCCACCCAAGUCUAGCGUGCAUUUCUGUCAUUUUUAGUGACUACCAAAGAGAUAAGGUUAUUACAAUAGGUGUUAUCCUUUGCCAGUCUGUUUCCAUGGUGAUUCUCUACAGACUCUUCUUAUCCCACAGUCUCUACUGGGAAGUUUCUUCGCUUUCCUCAGUAACCCUGCCACUGACCAUAUCAUCUGCACACAAAAGUCGACCUCACUUCUGAUAGUUUUUGUUAAAAGAAAAAGUGAAUUGGUUAAAAGGGUGCAAUAAGGGUCCAAAUACAGUGACUCCUUUUUCAUACAUUCGGUAUGAAAAAUUCAAUAGUGAAAGUAAAGUGCGUUAUUUAUAUAACUGCAUUUAAGCAGUACCAAAACUUUACAAAGGUAGUUAGUGAAUGUUUUUGAAAUAUACUUAAAUAAUAAACUUUUAAGAAAGAGUGUUGUUAUAAAGUGAUAGAAAGACUUUCCAUAUGGAAAUAAUUAUGAAAAAGAAUUUCUUUGUUUUUAUUUUUAAUUUCUUUUUGUUUUUCAUGAGACAGAGUCUUGUUAUGUAGUCCAGGCUAGCCUUGAACUCUUUAUGUACCCAAGGCUGGCCUCAAACUUGUGGCAAUCCUCCUGCCUCAGUCUCUUCUGAAUGCUGGGAUUACAGGCAUGUGCCACCAUGUUUCAAAUGAAUUAUAUUACAUGUUGGUAAGAUAACACUUGCAAUGCCUCAUAUCCACAGCCAACUCAGGUUUGGUAGUCUUUUUUAAGAGUAAUCAGUUAAAUGAUUACUUGCUUAUAUAUGUCUAAGCUAUUCCUAUUAUGAAAUCAGUGUAAUACACUGAUUUUGAAACGUGCUUUUUUUUGAUGCUUUAAAAGAAAUGCAUUUCCUACCAGAAUUUAAAAGAAUAGGAAAAUUACUUCAAGAAAUAAAUAUAAAAUGUUCUCAAUUAGAUGAAUAAGGUUUUAUUUGUGAGUGGGAUUAUUUUCCAAUUUUUAUUUCAUUUUUGGCUUUAGUUCAGGUUUUAGCUUGACGAGCAAAGGAUUUUUGACAAAUAAUUUAUGAAAAAUAAAACAGGUACAUUACAUUGGUUGUAAGGACAAAGGAUUUUAAAUCUGAGUACUUAGGUGAAGGGACAAGUAGGUUUAUGUUUAAAAAGAAAGAGGGAAAAGGAACUAUAUGAUACGCUGCUAAAAUAUUUAAUCCUGAUAUAAUUCAUUUCUCUUACAUUGAAUCCCCAAUCAUAAUUAAGCCAUAUACACAGAUUAAAUUAACAGAAGCAUUUCACAUAAAUGUUGGUUUCAGUCAUCAACUACCCAUGAAUUCCUGCCCAAGGAUACUUAAUCAGGAUUAAAUUUUCUAUGAAUAAUUGAAAAACAAAAUACUCACUGGAUUUGUUAUAAUCCGAGUUGGCACUGGAUUCUAAGUAGUUGCCAUCUUGAAUCCUUUGUAAUAAAGCCAUAUGUGUGUGUGUGUAUGUGUGUAAUGCCCCUGUAUUGACUGUAUUGAGUAUGCUUGUUUAAAAAAUAUUCUUAUCAAGUGCCUGAUGUAAUUGAGUAUGCUUGUCAAUACCUGUUGUAUAAAAUCAAUAGUCCCGUUUAAUAUUUACUGCCAUGAAAUUAUUCCCUUGCUGUUUGUCAAGUUCAAGCAUUUUUAUCUUUACCUCUGGUUUAUUUAAAACAUUCUUUUUAUCUGCUUAUUAAUUGUUAAGGAAGAAAUGGUGCAAUAAUCUGGUAAUUAACCCUUUUCAUUAGAUAUUUAAAAUAAUGUAUUGCAACUUAUCUGACUGUUUUUGUUAUUCCCUUGCAUGUAGACUUGUUAGAAAUGAAGUUUUCUGAUUCAUUUUAAAGGCAGAAUAUAUGUGUCUGACUAGCCAAAAGGCAAAGUAGCAUUUCAGCCUGCUGAUAGGAAUCAUCUAAUAGUUCUUUAUCACUUAUUAAACGAAAGCUGCAGAUUAAGACUAGAAGGUCUGAGGUAUGUCUUAGGUGUGUAGCAUCUGCUGAGUGGUCACACUGCCCUUUUUAUUUUACUGUAUCUCACCAGUAAUAGUAGUUGAUGUCUGUCGUGUUCAACUGAGUUGCUUUUAAUUAGAUGAAAAUAGUGAAGGCUUUUCAUAAAUUUUGUGAACUUGCAACAAUGGAAAAGGAAUAAGCUUUAUGUUAUUUUACACAAAGAACAUAAUAAUUAAUCAAAAGAUAAAUUUGCAUUUGUGAGACUAACACGGUGUUUAAUGUAUGGUUGAAAUUGCUGAUAAUUUCUUUUGUUACUGAAGAGCCACUGUGAAAUGAAGGAAAACAGUUGUUAAUAAAUGUAUAAAACUAUCUUAAGUUAGCAAUGGGGGCACAACUUCAGUGUGUAAGUCAUGGCGCAGUAUCUUGUUUUUUCUUUCUGAAUGUUUUUAUGGAGAUUUAUUACUGCAGAUUACAAAAAGACGUGUACAGCAUAAACUCUGAUUAAGAAGAAAACAACUUUUCUUCCUCUGUCAGAUAUUCUUUUAAAACUCUAUUUUACACUUUUUUUUCCUCUUAAGAUAAAUGGUCUUCUAGGAUUCUUCACCUUUUUUUGGAAGCAUUUCUCCCCUUAAGAAAAAUGCGAACAUUUCUCCAUGUUUAGUGAUAUGAACACCUACUAUGCUUGCUAUGCACCAGCCCUGACUAAGCUCUGCUGUAGUAACCAACCCUGCUUAACUGAAUAGGAGGGAAGAAAUAGUUCCUCUGAGAUCACCUAAAGUUUUUCUACUUUACUCUCCUGGUUUAAUGAGUAUGUACUAGGUGUAUAUAUUUUACCAUUAAAAGCUGUCAAUAGUUAAUUUUAGCUGUUGAGUUGAACAUUAAACUUUGGAAUUGUGCUGAAAUCUUAAA